AUGACAGCAAAGAAAGACAAAGUGGACUCCAUUGUUUUUAUAUUACCAAAAGCUGUCUCAACAAUUAGAGAGAGUUGUCCUCAGUGCCCAACUGAAAGAAACGUUCGCAACCUGAUCAAACAAGUCGGCGGAAACACUUCCUUUAAGUCGCUUUUUCAUGGCAUAGAGAAGAAAGUCAGUUGUGUCACUGUACCAAGAAAUGCUGUGAAUAAGGACAUACUCAAAGAAAUUGAUCAAUGUAAGUGGUCAAACAUUAUAUCACGUAUUGCUAGAUCGCAGUAACCUUAAUGCGGGGAGAGUACCGUACUUCAGAAAUUAGUUUAAUAAUCUCAGUGGGUACAUGUACUAUCUUGUGAUAACAAAGCAUAAGGUCGUGGUCUAUGACUAUUUUUGAAGGAAUGAUUCAAAGAAAUUUUUUCGUAAAGAUGAUUUAACAUUUCCUUCAUUUAGCUAGAAUUGAUUUUUUAAAAUAUAUAUUUUUUGCUAGGUUUCAAUGAGAACGGCAUGGACGAGACGGAGAAGGAAGACCAAGAAAUGUCUUGCGAGGAAUGUGAACAUCUUCACGAGGAAAUUGCCACGUGCAAAGAAACAGCCAGGAGAGAAAUAGAAGAAGCAAGAAUGUUGCACGAAGGAGAAAUGGAAAGUCUGCGAAACAGGUUCUCAAUCCAGCAAAAGGAGAAAGAGAAUAAAAUCGAUAAGUUGGAAGAAGAAGUAAAGGCAUUGAAGCGAAAGAUGGAGGAGACCCAGGUUGAGGCUAAAAGAUUCCAAAAAAUGGUGGAAAAUGCAGACGCUGACAAAAAGCAGACAAAGAAAAGUGCCGUAGUACAUGCACUUAAGGAAAUAGUAGGUAUGACGAUGAACAUAGUAGUUUAAAAAAGUAGUUUAAAAACCGCAGCAAGAUGAAAGUGAAUUUCUACAACAGGUGGGGGCUAAUACCUAUAUGGAGAGAUUAUCUUCGCACCAGCUAUGAAAUUCCUCGAACGUAUUCCAUGAUCUCAUAAAUUUGCGCAAGUUUUUGUUUUGAUAUUGAAACUAUUCACUAAAUACACAUUAUUGCUACUCCAUAGAUGUACAGCCAGAGGCUGAACAACAAGUGAACGACCAAUCUACGUCUGAACCUAACCUCGAUGACUCAGGUAAGUUAAAUGAGCAUCGAGAAUUUAUAUUUUUUUGGAAAAAUCGUCAUAUAUCUACGCGCAUUCUCUAACACUAUGAAAUUCUGGCGUGAAACACGCAUUCUCUAACACUAUCCAUCGAUUCAUCUACCUUGGGGCUGAAUUGAUGGGGCUGAAUUCAAUUCAGCCCUGUUGACCGGAUUGAAAUUUCAGCCUUGCCUUAUUAUAAAACCCUUUUUAAAUCGAAUGUGUGUUUACAUGGCAAAAAUUUCAGCUCAGGGCUGUGUUCAACCCAGGACUGAAAUUUCAGCCCGGUAUGAGCUACCCGAGUUAAAAUGAAACGAUUACAUGGCAAAACUUUCAACCCCGGGUAUAAUUUUGACCCAGGGCUGAAAUUUCAACUCGGGUAGCUCAAACCAGGCUGAAAUUUCAGCCCUGGGCUGGCAAUUUUGCCAUGUAAUCACCAUUCGAUUUAAAGAGGGUUUUAUAAUAUUAUUAGGCAGGGCUGAAAUUUCAACCCGGUCAACAGGGCUGAAUUCAGCUCCAGGAUUGAAAAAGCUCCAUGUAAUCAGCCCCUUUAUAAGACUAAAUUAAUUUGUUUUUCCUUAGGACUGGGAGAAAACGUGCAAGACAUGACAGAAGGUUAGUCUGCAUGAAAACUACAAGUGCAUGUGUAGUCUGUCCGUAUAAGCCAACUCUAUACAUCUAGCCUUUAUCUCUUUGAACUCAACUAACGACUUAAAUUUAUAGUAUAUUUCUGGGAGUUCAGUAUAGUUCAGGGCUUAAUUCAAUUCACAUAAUCUUUUGUUACAGAUGAACAUCGAAAAGAGCAUGAUAUGCUGGCGACUCGACCCAAUUCAGUAAUUUGCACGUUAUGCAGCAAGAAAAAGUCUGCAGGCAUGAUUGCUUGUGUAAAAUGCAACCAACGGUUCCACUAUAGCUGUUUGAAGAUGAAUCGUAAAGCUGCAAAAAAAGUCAAGUCCACCUUCCUUUGUAGUAAAUGCGAAUAA